ACUCCCUUUCGGUCUCCAGCAAUGAUGCCAGUCCUCCUGCUUCAGUAACAUCACUUCAGCCCCACAUGAUCGGUGCCCAAAGCUCCCCAGGUCCCAAGCGCCCUGGCAACACGUUGAGAAAGUGGCUUACCAGUCCCGUGAGACGUCUCAGCAGUGGAAAAGCAGACGGGCAUGUCAAAAAACUGGCCCACAAGCAUAAGAAGAGUAGAGAGGUUCGUAAAAGUGCCGAUGCGGGCUCUCAGAAGGACUCUGAUGAUAGUGCAGCAACCCCACAAGAUGAAACUGUUGAGGAGAGAGGUCGGAAUGAGGGGCUGAGCAGUGGCACUCUCUCCAAGUCAUCCUCUUCAGGCAUGCAGAGCUGCGGAGAGGAGGAAGGCGAAGAGGGAGCGGAUGCUGUACCACUUCCUCCUCCAAUGGCAAUUCAGCAACACAGUCUUCUCCAGCCCGACUCGCAGGAUGACAAGGCAUCUUCUCGUUUACUGGUACGGCCGACCAGCUCCGAGACCCCCAGUGCUGCAGAACUAGUCAGUGCAAUUGAAGAGCUCGUCAAAAGCAAAAUGGCCCUGGAGGAUCGUCCAAGUUCCUUGUUGGUGGAUCAAGGUGACAGCAGCAGUCCAUCCUUCAAUCCUUCGGAUAACUCCCUUCUCUCCUCCUCAUCACCCAUAGAUGAGAUGGAAGAAAGGAAAUCCAGCUCCUUAAAAAGACGACACUAUGUCUUACAGGAGUUAGUGGAGACGGAACGAGAUUAUGUACGAGAUCUGGGCUACGUAGUUGAGGGUUAUAUGGCACUUAUGAAGGAAGAUGGUGUACCUGACGACAUGAAAGGCAAAGACAAGAUUGUAUUUGGAAACAUUCACCAGAUUUAUGAUUGGCACAGAGACUUCUUUUUAGGAGAGCUGGAGAAGUGCCUUGAAGAUCCAGAAAAGCUGGGGUCCCUGUUUGUUAAGCAUGAGAGAAGGUUGCACAUGUACAUAGUUUACUGCCAAAACAAACCAAAGUCUGAGCACAUUGUCUCAGAAUAUAUUGAUACGUUCUUUGAGGAUCUAAAGCAACGUCUGGGCCACAGACUUCAGCUCACAGACUUGCUAAUAAAACCUGUGCAGAGAAUUAUGAAAUAUCAGCUGUUACUAAAGGACUUCCUCAAAUAUUCUAAAAAAGCUAAUCUUGACACAACAGAGCUAGAGAGAGCUGUAGAGGUCAUGUGUAUAGUACCAAAACGGUGUAAUGACAUGAUGAAUGUUGGCCGCCUGCAAGGAUUUGAUGGUAAAAUUGUAGCCCAGGGUAAGCUCCUGCUCCAGGACACAUUCUUGGUUACAGACCAGGACACGGGACUUCUGCCACGCUGCAAGGAGAGACGGGUCUUCCUGUUUGAGCAGAUUGUCAUUUUCAGUGAGCUGCUAGAUAAAAAGAAAGGUUUCUCCAUGCCCGGAUUCUUGUUUAAAAACAGUAUCAAGGUGAGUUGCCUUUCCCUGGAGGAAAAUGUGGACAGCGAUCCAUGUAAAUUUGCACUAACGUCAAGAACGGGCGAUGUCACGGAGACCUUUAUUUUACAUUCUGCCAGUCCAGGAGUCCGCCAGUUGUGGAUCCAUGAAAUUAACCAAAUUUUGGAAAACCAGCGCAACUUCUUAAAUGCCUUGACGUCCCCAAUCGAGUACCAGAGGAACCACAGCAGUGGUGGAGGCGGCAGCGGGAGCAGCAGCGGUAACAGCAGCGGCCCCAGCAGCUGUAGUGGCAUCCCCAGCUCCAGCCGUAGCCGGCCAUCCCGGAUCCCCCAGCCUGUCAGACACCAUUCCCCAGUCCUGGUCUCCUCUGCAGCCUCGGCCCAAGCAGAGGCAGACAAGAUGUCAGGUAUGUCCAUUCACAAUCUCUCCCUGCCACACUACAACACCUCCUUAGAAACUGGCCUGAGCCAGCCAGACAGGCACCCUCCCAAUGCAGAACCAGACGGUCCUCAGAGAGAAGCUGAGCAGAUUCCCAAGAUGAAAGUUAUUGAAAGUCCCAGGAAGACAGCGGGAAACAUUUCUGGCCCAGCUGAUGGAGCCCAGAAAGACGCACGUGGAGGCUCAGAGGACAGUCGAUCAAGAAACAGCGUAGGAUCACUGACGCUUGGGAAGCCAAGGCCAGGAGCCAUCUCACCAAUGAACUCUCCUCUCUCCACGACUUUCCCUUCUCCUUUUGGCAAAGAAACCUUUCCACCCAGCAGCCCCCUGCAGAAGGGCUCCUUUUGGAGCUCCAUCCCAGCAUCCCCUGCCAGCCGCCCUGGCUCCUUCACUUUCCCUGGGGACAAUGACUCCCUCCAGCGGCAGGUCCACCGCCACUCUUCACACAGCAAGGACACAGACCGCAUGAGCACAUGCUCCUCGACCAGCGAGCAGUCAGUUCACUCCACCCAGAGUAAUGGGAGUGAAAGUAGCAGCAGUAGCAAUAUCUCCACCAUGCUGGUGACACACGAUUACACGGCAGUGAAGGAGGAUGAGAUAAAUGUCUACCAAGGAGAGGUCGUGCAGAUUCUAGCCAGCAACCAACAGAACAUGUUUUUGGUGUUCAGAGCCGCCACUGAUCAGUGCCCUGCAGCCGAGGGCUGGAUUCCCGGCUAUGUCUUGGGGCAUACCAGUGCAGUCAUCAUUGACAACCCUGAUGGAACCAUCAAGAAGUCAACGUCUUGGCACACAGCACUCCGUUUAAGGAAGAAAUCUGAGAAAAAAGAUAAAGACGGCAAAAGGGAAGGCAAGCUAGAAAAUGGUUACCGCAAAUCCCGAGAAGGACUUGCCAACAAGGUUUCUGUAAAGCUUCUCAACCCCAAUUACAUUUAUGAUGUUCCCCCAGAGUUUAUAAUACCAUUGAGUGAGGUAACAUGUGAGACAGGAGAGACCAUCGUGCUUAGGUGUAAAGUCUGUGGUCGCCCCAAGGCUUCAGUUACUUGGAAAGGUCCCGAUCAUAACACGCUGAGCAAUGACGGUCAUCACAGCAUUUCGUACAGUGACUUAGGAGAGGCUUCACUGAAAAUCAUUGGCGUCACUGCAGAAGACGAUGGUAUCUAUACGUGUAUAGCUGCAAACGAUAUGGGUUCAGUUUCAUCUUCUGCCAGUCUACGUGUUUUAGGUCCUGGAAGUGAUGGGAUCAUGGUAAUCUGGAAAGACAACUUUGAUUCCCUCUACAGUGAAGUGGCUGAGCUUGGCAGGGGCAGAUUUUCUGUCGUUAAGAAGUGUGACCAGAAGGGAACCAAGCGAGCAGUAGCCACUAAGUUUGUGAAUAAGAAGUUGAUGAAGCGAGACCAGGUUACCCAUGAACUUGGAGUCAUGCAGAAUCUCCAGCAUCCCCAGCUCAUUGGCCUUCUCGACACCUUUGAGACCUCCACCAACUACAUACUAGUGUUAGAAAUGGCUGACCAGGGUCGCCUUCUAGACUACGUUGUGCGAUGGGGAAACCUCACGGAAGGGAAGAUCAGACUCUACCUGGGAGAGAUUCUGGAAGCUGUGCAGUAUCUUCACAACUGCAGAAUAGCACAUUUGGACCUAAAGCCUGAAAAUAUUUUGGUGGACCAGAGUUCCGCUAAGCCGACAAUAAAACUGGCUGACUUUGGAGACGCAGUCCAGCUCAAUACCACGUAUUAUAUCCACCAGUUACUUGGAAACCCAGAGUUUGCAGCUCCUGAAAUUAUUCUUGGAAAUCCUGUUUCCCUCACUUCAGAUGUUUGGAGCAUUGGAGUGUUCACGUAUGUCCUUCUUAGUGGCGUCUCUCCUUUCCUGGAUGAAAGCGUAGAGGAAACUUGCCUGAAUAUUUGCCGCUUAGACUUUAGUUUCCCAGAUGACUACUUCAAAGGAGUUAGCCAGAAGGCCAAAGAUUUUGUAUGCUUCCUGCUUCAGGAUGACCCCGCUAAGCGUCCCUCGGCUGCACUGGCCCUCCAGGAGCAAUGGCUGCAGCUGGGGAACAGCAAAAGCGCUGACAGCAUUGACAUAUCCAGACUGACUUCGUUCAUUGAGCGGCGAAAACACCAGAAUGAUGUUCGACCCAUCCGUAGCAUUAAAAACUUCUUACAGAGCAGGCUCUUGCCCAGAGUUUGACCUUGCUUGAAGUUCUCUCUCAUUCUCUUUCACCUGCCAAUCAGACUGGAGACGGACUCCUCCUGCCAACCAAUCAGACUGGAGACGGACUCCUCCUGCCAAUCAGCUGUUGACUUGAAUUUUGAGGCGAGCAAACCCCGAGCCAACCAGCUGCUAGCGAAUGUUCGUGUGCAAACGCAUUCCCGGGGAACCCGCGCGGUGGGGGGGACUGGCGAUGCGGACUUCACUGGGGUGGAGGACGAUAGCACUGUACUCUGCAAAAAAGCAGUUCACAAGCGAUACACUAACAGUAUUUUAUUCAGGUUUCUGCAAAA